GUUCCGUGCGCUCGCAGCCAUUUCGGUUUCCUCAUCCGCAGUUUAACGUGCUGCGCCUCAAACGCAAAGUUUAUUUCUCUUAUUUCAUCUUAAUUUUACGUGUUUGAGAUUCCAGAAGACGAUUUUCCUGCGCGAGCGCGUGUGAAGACUUUAAAUCGCCAACAUGCCGCGGAUUAUGAUUAAAGGAGGCGUGUGGCGCAACACUGAGGAUGAGAUUCUCAAAGCAGCUGUAAUGAAAUAUGGCAAAAAUCAAGAUAAAGCCGCUCAGAGAGAGAAUGAAGAUGAUGUGGGCGAUGACCCUCGCAAGCUAAAACCAGGAGAGAUUGACCCAAACCCUGAGACCAAACCAGCCAGACCUGAUCCUGUGGACAUGGAUGAAGAUGAGCUGGAGAUGCUGUCUGAAGCCAGAGCCCGAUUGGCCAACACACAAGGCAAGAAGGCGAAGCGGAAAGCCAGAGAGAAACAGCUGGAGGAAGCACGUCGUCUGGCAGCGCUUCAGAAGCGCAGGGAGCUGCGAGCUGCAGGCAUCGACAUCCAGAAGAAGCGCAAGAAGAAGAGAGGUGUGGACUAUAAUGCUGAGAUCCCUUUUUUAAUGUUGAAUAAACCGCAUUUUACUGAUUAUUCAUUCCAGAUCUCUGACGCUGAGCUGGAGGAGGUUGUCAAACUGGGUCAGGCCAGCGAAAUCGCCCGUCAGACCGCCGAGGAGUCUGGAAUCACCAACUCUGCCUCCAGCGCUCUUCUGUCCGAAUACAACGUGACCAAUAACUCCAUGGCCCUGCGCACACCCAGAACUCCAGCAGCACAGGACAAGAUCCUGCAGGAAGCCCAGAACCUGAUGGCACUUACGAACGUGGAUACGCCUCUUAAGGGAGGGCUGAACACCCCUCUGCAUGAGAGCGACUUCUCUGGUGUCACACCACAGAGACAGGUGGUCCAGACGCCCAACACGGUGCUGUCUACACCCUUCAGAACGCCCAGUCACGGAGCCGAGGGCAUGACCCCUCACAGUGGGAUGACUCCUAAACCCUCAGUGGGUGUGACCCCGGGCAGGACCCCGCUGCGGGACAAGCUCAGCAUCAACACAGAGGAGGGCGGCGUGGACUACAGCGACCCGUCAUUUGCCAAACACUUGCAAAGGGAGUCCCGCGAGCAGCUCCGACAGGGCUUGAUGUCUCUUCCAGUGCCCAGAAAUGACUUUGAGAUCGUUCUUCCCGAAAACGCUGAGAAAGAGCUGGAGGAAGCCGAGGUGGACGAGAGUUUCGUGGAGGAUGCGGCCGAGAUAGAGCUGCGCAAACAGGCCGUCAGAGAGGCUGAGAGGGAGAAGGAGCUGCGUCAGAGACACACGGCAGUUCAGAGAGAUUUACCAAGACCUUCAGAGGUCAAUGAGACGAUCCUCCGGCCUCAUAAUGUGGAGCCGCCGCUGACGGACCUGCAGCAGGCCGAAGAGGUCAUUAAGAAAGAAAUGAUCACCAUGAUCCACUUCGACUGUAUGCAUCACCUCUUCAGCGACGGCCUGGCCAAGAAAGGGAAAGGAGUGGGAUCCAGCUCCAACAACGCCGAGCACAUCGCUUACCUGGAGAAAACACCCUACGAAAAGGUCUCAGAGGAAGAGCUCAAAAAGGCCGGAGAGUUGCUGGCUCAGGAGAUGGAGGUGGUGAAACAUGGGAUGAGUCACGGAGAUCUGUCUAUGGAGGCGUAUAACCAGGUGUGGGAGGAGUGUUACAGUCAGGUCCUGUACCUGCCUGGACAGAGCCGCUACACCCGAGCCAAUCUGGCCAGCAAGAAGGACAGAAUCGAGUCUAUGGAGAAGAAACUGGAGAUCAACAGAGGUCACAUGACCACAGAGGCCAAGCGUGCGGCGAAGAUGGAGAAGAAGAUGAAGAUUCUGCUGGGUGGCUAUCAGUCGCGGUCCAUGGGUCUGCUCAAACAGCUCAGUGAACUCUGGGAUCAGGUGGAACAGGCCAACAUGGAGCUCCACACCUUCCAGGAGCUGAAGAAACAGGAAGACCACGCCAUUCCACGCAGACAAGAGGCCCUGAGAGAGGACGUCCAGAGACAGCAGGACAGAGAAAAAGAGCUGCAGCAGAGAUUCGCUGACCUGCUGCUGGAGAAGCAGACGCUUUCGCAGAAGUUUUGAACGGGACAUUUAUCCCAAACAUCUCUGCACCUCCUGUAGUGCUGUUUAUGUGCUCAUCCCGCUUCAGCGUGCUUUACUGUCUGGAUCCCCGUGUUUCUGCUGUAAUCAACUGCUCUCAGCUUCUUAAUGUUGACUUUGUGUUUCUGCUGCUGUUCACAAGAACCGCCGGGAUUUCAUUCACAGAAUUUUGUUUUUAAUGUUUUAUGUUCAUAUUGACCUUGUAAGUGUAAAUAUCGUCUGUUUUGCGGUAUGGAUUUUCCCAUGUCAAGCCAUUUUUAGGUUUGUGCUGAAUAUGAGAUGCUCCUUUUCAGGUGUAAAUUGGAAUAAUGACUUGCAUUGCAAAUGUACAUCAUUUACAAAAUAAAUCAUCAGUGCUGAGUUAAUCUUA